ACCCGGAGCUUAAAAGGCUGGCGGGGCAGCUCCCCGACACCCGCAGAGCAGAACCGGACACAGCCAGGCUUCUUCAGCCAGCCCGCAGCCCAGCACAAGCAGAGGCAGCCUGAGCUAGCCCAGCCCCGCGAUGGAGUGUCCACAGCCCACAAGCAUGUCCCAGGACUUGUCUGAGGCCUUGAAGGAGGCCACCAAGGAGGUGCAUACCCAGGCAGAGAAUGCUGAGUUCAUGAGGAACUUUCAGAAGGGCCAGGUGACCCGGGAAGGCUUUAAGCUGGUGAUGGCCUCCUUGUAUCAUGUCUACGUGGCCCUGGAGGAGGAGAUUGAGCGCAACAAGCAGAACCCAGUCUACGCGCCCCUCUACUUCCCUGAGGAGCUGCACCGCAAGGCUGCUCUGGAGCAGGACAUGGCCUUCUGGUACGGGCCCCGCUGGCAGAACACUAUCCCCUACACUUCAGCCACACAGCAUUACGCGAGGCGCCUCCACGAGGUGGGACACAAACAUCCUGAGCUGCUGGUGGCCCAUGCAUACACCCGUUACCUGGGAGACCUCUCCGGGGGCCAGGUCCUGAAGAAGAUUGCACAGAAGGCCCUGAACCUGCCCAGCUCCGGUGAGGGCCUGGCCUUCUUCACCUUCCCCAACAUCGAAAGCCCCACCAAGUUCAAGCAGCUCUACCGUGCACGCAUGAACACUCUGGAAAUGACACCGGAAGUCAAGCACAGGGUGAUAGAGGAGGCUAAGACUGCGUUUCUGCUCAACAUUGAGCUGUUUGAGGAGCUGCAGAGGCUGCUGACAAAGGAGCACCAGGAUCAGAGCCCUUCAGAGAUGGAGGGGCUUCGCCAGCGGGCUGGCAGCAGGGUGCAAGACCCCCCCACCCUUGCAGAGACACCCAGAGGGAAACUCCAGCUCAGCACUAACCUGUCCCAAGCACCCCUCCUCCGAUGGGUCCUCACGCUCAGCUUUCUGGUGGCAACAGUGGCUGUGGGGAUUUAUGCUAUGUGAAUGCAAAUGUGCUGACGCCCAGGGGCGGUGAACUGUGUCCAAUGAAGGGCCUUUUCUCUGGAGAGGGGACUUCACCUCUCUUCUCAUGGGCCAUGAAACUUUCGAGACUCCUAUCCUCUCCUUAUGCCCUUCUCUCUCCGGAAAUGGAGAGAGAUGUUUGGUGCGUGUUCAUCCACUGAAAGCACAUCAUGAACUUUCAAACCAGCAGCCCCAGUUCCUGCAGCAGAGCCCAGAAUCCAUGGCCAGCUUCGGUUGCUGUCCUGAGCCCCAGUGCCCUCGGUUGGCAGCAUCCAGUGUCAUGGCCUCCUUUAUAAUGUGCAGAGAUGUUCUGUAUUGUGUUUCUGUCUUAUUUUUGUCGUUACCGGUUCCACCCGAACGGUGGUAUUUUGUUGUGUUCUGUUUUUUUCUAACAGCGUUGGGUGUCUUUUGAGGGGUGGGGUGGGAGGUAUUUAACAGGACUUGUAGCCUUGGUUUCUAACUUCAGUGUGAAAUAAUAAAUGGCAUCAUCUGACAG